AUAAAUUCAUGAGGCUAAUAGGGUAUGUAAAUAAUUAAUGGCAGGGUUCAAGCAUCUUGUUAUCGUUAAGUUUAAGGAGGAUGUGGUCGUGGAAGACAUACUUAAAGGGAUGCAAAAACUUGUUUCAGAGAUUGAUGCUGUCAAGUCCUUUGAAUGGGGACAAGACAUUGAAGGUGAAGAGAUGCUUGGGCAAGGAUUUACUCAUGCUUUUUUAAUGACAUUCGAAGACAAACAAGGUUACACUGCGUUUGUCGGUCACCCCUGUCAUGUUGAAUUCUCUGCAACGUUUUCUACGGCCAUUGACAAGAUCGUGUUGCUUGAUUUCCCAUCUGUUGUUGUAAAGGCUGCAACAUGAUUUUUAUGAAGAAAUUAGUAAACGACUGUUUUUAGUUUCUUAUUGUAUAUCUCUCUAUGCAUCUAUGUGUAUGGCUUGUAUGAAUGGAUUCGAUAUAUAUUCCGACAUUUAUACAA